CGACAUUAAAUCCCCACGAGUUUCACCAUUCCUCGCCCGUCGAAAAUGGAAACUCGCCGUCCCUAAACAUCCCACACUUCCUCCCGCCAAUUCCCUCCACUGUACCAAAUCUCUCUGUCUCUGUCUCUGUCUCUCUCUCUCUCUCUCUCUCUCUCUCUCUAACCACACACACAUUUCAAAAGUCCACUCUCUCUCUGUAAUCUCCAAUUCCACAGAAACCCUAAGUCCCCUAAACCCUAGAGUGCUCCAACAGAACGAUGCCGUCCCUAGCCUCCCCGGGCAAAAUCCUCCGCUUGGAGCUCGAGAACUUUAAGUCGUACAAGGGCCUCCAGAGCAUCGGGCCCUUCUACGACUUCACGGCGAUAAUCGGCCCCAAUGGAGCCGGCAAGUCCAACCUCAUGGACGCCAUCAGCUUCGUUCUCGGAGUCCGCUCCGGCCAGCUCCGCGGGGCCCAGCUCAAGGACCUUAUCUACGCCUACGACGACCGGGAGAAGGAGCAGAGGGGCCGCCGGGCCUUUGUCCGCCUUGUCUACCUCCUCGCCAACGGCUCCGAGCUCCACUUCACCCGCACCAUCACCAGCUCCGGAGGAAGCGAGUACCGCGUCGACGGGGCCACCGUGUCGUGGGACGUCUACAACGCCAGGCUCAGGGAGCUCGGGAUUCUCGUCAAGGCCCGGAAUUUUCUGGUCUUUCAGGGUGAUGUGGAGUCCAUUGCGUCUAAAAAUCCCAAAGAACUUACUGCACUUCUUGAGCAGAUAUCUGGGUCUGAUGAACUCAAGAGAGAGUAUGAGAAAUGUGAAGAAGAUAAAGCCAGAGCUGAAGAACAAUCAGCACUUGCUUAUCAGAAGAAAAGAACAAUAGUGAUGGAGAGAAAGCAAAAGAAAGAACAAAAAGAAGAAGCUGAGAAACAUCUACGUUUGCAAAGUCAAUUGAAAUCUUUGAAGAAAGAACACUUCUUAUGGCAAUUGUCCAACAUAGAGAAAGACAUUGAAAAGACAACUGAGGAACUUGAAGACGAAAUGAAAGGCCGCGAAGAUGUUAUAAAAGAUCUAGAAAAGUAUGAACGUGAAGCAGGUAGGAAGAAGAAAGAACAAUCCAAAUAUUCCAAAGAGAUUAUGCAGCUGGAAAAGAAGAUUGCUGAGAGAAAUAGCAAACUUGACAAGAAUCAACCUGAGCUACUAAAAGUGAAAGAGGAAAUGUCCCGCAUAACUUCAAAAAUCAGGAAAAUACAGAAGGAACUUGACAAAAAAAGUGAAGAAAAGAGGAAGCAUGAUCGGGAUAUAGGAGUGCUAAAGAACGGCAUAUUGGAUCUUACUGCAAAACUAGAAGAUAUACAAGCGAAAAAAGCUUCUGAUGGUGGUGAAAAACUUGACUUAGAUGAAAAUGAAUUAAGGGAAUAUUUUCGAAUUAAGGAGGAUGCUGGGAUGAGAACUGCCAAGCUUAGAGAUGAGAAAGAAGUUCUGGAUAGACAGCAGCAUGCUGAUAUUGAAGCUCAAAAGAAUCUUGAAGAAAAUCUUCAACAGCUGAAAAAUCGAGAGCGUGAGCUGGAUUUACAGCAUGAACAGAUGCGAACAAGAUUGAAAAAAAUUUCUGAUACAUCUGCAAAACAUAAGGCCAACCUUGAAGAACUGAAGAAUCAACUGCGUGCAAUGCAAGAGAAACAUCGAAGUGACAGAUCUAAAUAUGAAAACUUGAAGAAAAGGCUGACUGAAACAGAAGACCAACUACGUGAAUUGAAGGCAGAUAGAUAUGAAAAUGAGAGGGAUGCCAGGUUGUCUCAAGCGGUUGAGACUCUCAAACGCCUGUUUCAAGGAGUUCAUGGUCGCAUGACAGAUCUUUGUAGGCCAACACAGAAAAAGUAUAAUCUUGCUGUUACUGUUGCUAUGGGUAAAUUUAUGGAUGCAGUAGUAGUCGAGGAUGAAAAUACGGGAAAGGAAUGCAUCAAGUAUUUGAAAGAGCAAAGGCUACCUCCUCAGACAUUUAUACCUCUUCAGUCAAUUCGUGUAAAGCCAAUUACUGAGAGAUUGCGUAACUUAGGUGGUACCGCAAAGCUGGUCUUUGAUGUAAUCCAGUUUGAUCCUGCCUUGGAGAAGGCAAUUCUUUUUGCUGUUGGGAAUAUUCUUGUUUGUGAUGACCUUGCUGAGGCUAAGGUUCUAAGCUGGAGUGGUGAGAGGUUUAAAGUUGUAACUGUUGAUGGAAUUCUGCUCACAAAAUCUGGCACAAUGACUGGGGGUACAAGUGGUGGAAUGGAAGCAAGGUCAAACAAGUGGGAUGAUAAAAAGAUUGAAGGAUUUCAGAAAUUUAAGGAUAAUCUUGAGUUGGAAUUAGAGGAGCUUGGGUCAAUUAGAGAGAUGCAGGUAAAAGAGUCUGAAGCAUCUGGAAAAAUUAGUGGACUCGAAAAGAAGAUUCAGUAUGCAGAUAUUGAGAAGCGAAGCAUUGAGGACAAACUUGCAAAUUUGAGGCAGGAGAAGCAGAAUAUCGAAGAAGAGAUCAAUCGUAUAAAUCCUGAAUUGCAGAAAUUAAAAAGUGCUGUUGAUAGAAAGAGUGUUCAAAUUAAUAAGCUGGAAAAGCGGAUCAAUGAGAUUGUUGACCACAUCUACAGAAACUUUAGUGACUCUGUUGGGGUGGCAAACAUCCGUGAGUAUGAAGAAAACCAACUAAAGGCUGCACAGAAUAUCGCCGAAGAAAGUCUUAGUGUGAGUAGCCAGCUGGCAAAGUUGAAAUACCAGUUGGAGUAUGAGCAAAACCGGGACAUGGAAUCGCGAAUUAAAGAGCUGGAAUCUUCUAUUAGUGCUUUGAGAAAUGAUUUAGAGCAGGUUAAGGAUAAAGAAGAUAAAGCCAAGUCAUCAGCAGAGGAAGCUACUGAUCUGAUCAAUCGAUAUGAGAAAGAAGUACAGGAGUGGAAAGUUAAGUUGGAAGAGUGUGAGAAGGAGAUGCAGGAAUGGAAGAACAAGACUUCUAGAUCUACAACAAACAUAUCGAAAAUUAAUCGUCAGAUAUCUUCUAAAGAGACACAGAUUGAGCAGCUGAAGUCGCGGAGGCAGGAAAUAGUAGAAAAGUGUGAAUUAGAGCAUAUAAGCCUUCCGAUGGAGACAGAAUCCUCAACAUCAGGACCAGUUUUUGAUUUUAGUCAGCUUAAUAGAUCUCUUCUGCAGGAUAGGAGACCUGCUGAUCGAGAGAAGCUUGAGGUAGAAUUUAAGCAAAAAAUGGAUUCUUUAAUAUCAGAAAUGGAAAGAACAGCUCCAAAUUUGAAGGCUCUAGAUCAAUAUGAGGCUCUGCAAGAAAAGGAAAGAGCUGUAACUGAAGAGUUCGAAGCAGCCAGAAAAGAAGAGAAGGAUAAAGCUGAUAAGUUUAACUCGGUUAAGGAGGAGAGGUAUAGGUUGUUUAUGGAUGCUUUCAACCACAUUUCUAGCAACAUUGAUAAGAUUUACAAACAAUUGACGAAGAGCAACACACACCCAUUGGGUGGGACAGCGUAUUUAAACUUGGAAAAUGAAGAUGAUCCGUUUUUACAUGGCAUCAAGUACACUGCUAUGCCCCCAACAAAGCGCUUUCGUGAUAUGGAACAGCUAUCGGGUGGGGAGAAGACAGUCGCAGCACUUGCAUUACUUUUUUCCAUCCACAGUUAUAGGCCUUCACCAUUUUUCAUAUUGGAUGAAGUUGAUGCCGCAUUGGAUAACUUAAACGUGGCCAAGGUUGCCGGAUUCAUUCGUUCAAAGUCAUGCGAGGGAGCCAGGGGUAAUCAGGACGCUGAGGGAGGCAAUGGAUUUCAAAGUAUUGUGAUAUCACUGAAAGAUAGCUUUUAUGAUAAGGCUGAAGCUUUGGUUGGGGUUUACAGGGACUGUGAGAGGGGUUGCUCAAGAACCUUGACAUUUGACCUGACCAAGUACCGGGAGUCAUGAAGGCACAACUAAAACCAGCAGCUAGUCACCUUCUUGUUAUGUAAAGAAUUCAUGGCUUAAUUCGUUCCAUCUUGAUUUAGAGACUCUUGAAGAGAGGGAGGGAAGAGCAGGACCCGAAAAUUGAUGUGCAUUCAAAUUACAAUUGACCAUAUGUUCUUUGGUAAUGUUAAUGUUGCUUCGUUAAAGUGCCAAUGUGGUUGCACUCGUCCAGAAGUGGCUCAAAUACUAAUAUUAGAAGGCACUGCUCAUGAACCCUUCAGCAACAUGCAAGCUUAAGCUCAAGGAAGGAAAGGUGGGAAAUCUUGCUAUGUUCUUGGGGUUCUUGCAGGGCUUCUCUUGUUCUCUGAGCCUGUGUGUGUGUGCAGCUCAGGUCAGUGUUCUUCUUGCUGGAUUUGCUGAGAUGGUCCGAUAUUGGUGAAAAGUAAGGAGAAAAGGGAGGAAAACAAUACUCAUAAUUUUCAUGGUUAUGUAAUGUGAUUAUGUUCACAGGAGCGAGCUGCUAUAUUUUCUAUGUUAAUAAAAAAUUAGGGUUACAAUA